GGCAUCCGUUGUUGGUGUGGCGGUCGCCUAGUAUUUUCGCGCUCCUCCCUUUCCUCCUCCUCUUUCUCCUCCUCCUCUGAGCCCCAGUCAGGCCGAUCUGCACUGCUCUAGGUGACUCUGCAACUUGAUGGAUGACGACAACUCUUUUCAACAAAAAAAUAAUUCAAAAAUGGCAGAACUCUUCAUGGAAUGUGAAGAAGAAGAGCUGGAACCAUGGCAAAAGAAAGUAGAAGAAGCUCGGAAUGAAGAUGAUGAUGAUGAGCUGAUCUUUGUUGGAGAGAUAUCAAGUUCAAAACCAGCCAUUUCAAAUAUUUUGAACAGAGGUAAUUCCAGCUCAUCUUCAAAGGGAAUGAAAAAUGACUCACUCAGUUCAGGUAUUCCUGGUUUAUUCAAGUCUACAAGUCAACACUACAAAGACCCAGCAUCAAAUCCAGUGACUGCCUUGCCUAGAUUUCAUCCUGAAUCUAAGUCUUCACAGAGCUCUGCUAUUGUUCAGAAUACAUCUAAACCUGAUUUUUCAAAGAAUUCGUCACAAGUUGAAUCAGAUGAUUCUUCAGUCUUAUUGUUUGGCUCGACCCAGGAUACAACACCACUGUCCCCAGACAUGGAUCAAUCUUCCUUUGGAUUAAAACGUCCUUCUACUUCUAAAGUAAACAGUGUUAAUCCAAAAAAGCCAAAAGCCAGCGAAAGUGUUUCUGAAAUAAAUCCCUCAUCUUCAUUGUCUUUAAAUAACUCCCCUUCAGAGGCAUCUUCCCAGGUUAUGGUAUCAACAACAACAGGUUCAAAUACCUCAACUCAAAAUAAAACUGGAGUACCUUUCCUAAGAUCUUGUCCAAAGUGCAAUAUUCAAUUCAGUCUUUUGGAUCCUUUGAAAUACCACAUGAAGCGUUGUUGCCCGGACAUGAUAAAUAACUUAAUGGAAAGUGUUAAAACAGAACUUUCAUGUGCCGAAGACAAAACUAAUACUGGUUCAGAGAAAGGAAAAUUGAUCAUGUUAGUUAGUGACUUUUAUUAUGGAAGACAUGAAGGAGCCAUGGAAGAAGAACCGAAGACUUACACAACCUUUAAAUGCUUCAGUUGCUUGAAAGUUCUUAAAAAUAAUAUUAGGUUCAUGAACCAUAUGAAGCACCAUUUGGAACUCGAGAAGCAGAACAGUGAGAGCUGGGAAAACCACACCACCUGUCAGCACUGCUACAGGCAGUAUCCCACGCCCUUCCAGUUGCAGUGCCACAUUGAGAGUACUCACACUCCCCAUGAGUUUUCUACCAUUUGCAAAAUCUGUGAAUUGUCAUUUGAAACAGAGCAUAUUCUUUUACAACAUAUGAAGGAUACUCAUAAACCCGGUGAAAUGCCAUAUAUUUGCCAGGUUUGCCAGUUUAGAUCUUCAACAUUUUCUGAUGUAGAAACUCAUUUUAGAGCAUCCCAUGAAAACACGAAGAACUUGCUGUGUCCAUUCUGCCUCAAAGUUAGUAGAAUGGCAACCCCCUAUAUGAAUCAUUACAUGAAACAUCAGGUGAGAUUUAGUAGUUC